AUGGAGGUCUCACAUCCGGAACCUUGGCCAUCUCCAGCUUCCAUCUUCGAUUCCAUGAUCUCAUUCUGCUUGACCAUCCUGGACUUGGUCAACUGCGCGGCACGUGAGAUCCGUCCACUUUUCUGGGCUGCGUUGGAGUGGACAGAGAACAUGCUCGUGGCUGCAGGAAACGCUUUGCUUGCCGCUACUUUGGCCCUUCUCUUAUGGGUUUCCAUUAUCUACCUCUGCUGCUUCGCGAUUCUCAUGUUCUGCAGACUGCUGCGCCGGCAUCAGAAGUAUCGAAACCGUGCAGAACGCCAACCACUACUUGCUCGUCCUCCUCAGAGACGCAGACGUCUACCCUCCUGGACGCACUCAAACUCAAGUAGUGAAAGACGGCGACUUCAUGACCAUACGGCGUAUGGGGAUCUCUUCCGAGUUGAUCUGGACCGGAGACGUCAGGACGUCCUCAGACGAGAACAACACAGAGCGGUGGAGACUCGCAGCCGAGAGUACCGCGAGCGUAGACUCAGAGAGGCACUCCGACAAUCCACAAGCACGCCUCUGUAUGGCCAGCCACAGACCAUUAUCAACUGGUUGCAGGCUUCUAGCAACUCGACGACAACCACCCAUCAUCCUAGUUAUGGCACUCUCCCGACAAGAGGUGCCCAACCGCGGCAGGCACGUGCCGACCCACCACCGCCGUAUUCUCAGAACUUGAAGGAAUCACCACCACCGUAUUCAAAUCCUCGACAGGACAUGCCACCCUCUUACGAUUGA